AUGAAUCCUCAGACUGACCCUCUGAACUUUGAAACUACAGCAGCUACCUUCUUCAUCCUCCUCCUCAUUUGCCUCAUUUGCAUCUUCCUUUUGGUGGUGGUUUUUCUAUAUAAAUGUUUUAAAACCGAAGAAAAGCCACAAACAAUUCCUUGCACAGGUGAAGAUUGUUUAGCUGCGAUUAAUUUGCCAGAAAACCAAGGACGGGAAGAAUUCAUAAAUGUAAAACAAAUCAUGGACUUGAACAUGCCUAGACGGCCUGGCAUUCUUGUCCAGAGGCGAAACCAAGAAGAGGUAGUAGAAGACAAAGAGAAUUCGGAUGACAAUGAAGACAAUCACAGAGAGAAGAAAGGAGAGGUGAUGUGCAGUGUAAAAUUUCUGAAAAUAAGAUUUAUUUCAAGCAGGACUAGUUACAUUCAUGAACCAAUCAUAUAUACUAUUUUUCCCUUUCUCUUACAGGGUGAUGAAAAAAGGCCUUUCAAAGGAGUGAAGUUUUCUAAGGAGGUAAUGGUUGUCGAGCUUGGGAAAGAUACUCCUUUAGCUCGAAGCUAUAAUCGAAGCCUUAAAGAAAGAAAAUAA